AUGAAUGAUGUUGAACUCUCAGGACCUUCUUUAUAUGAAAUGACCCAUCAAAGUCCAACAGUCGCCACCAUCAAUGAGACUUUGUCACCAUCAUUAUCCAACUCGCAGCAACAAGUAGCAUUCCAACAAGCACAACAGUCUCUCUAUGACGAUAUUCGGGAAGCAAGACACGCUCUGGAUCUUUUCCUGAAUUCCAAUAUUACUGAAUGUCUUGAUAUUGUCAUUGCUAAUCGCCACAAGUCAAUGUAUCAUUCCUUAUCUUAUGCUUGUCUAUUGGGAGGAACUGCUGUCUUAACUUAUCAAAAAGAUGAUAUUGCCAAAGCCAUCAUUGCCAUGAAGGACACUUACCAAUUGGCUGACAAAUUUCGUACUCGCACUUGGAAACAACAUUUUCGUGGGAUCAACAAAAGAGUGCUAUCUAUUCAAGAUAUCAAAAAGAUGACGCCAGUACAAAAGCAUGCAGAAUUGGUUUAUGCUGAAGCGUAUUUGAUGAAAGCAGGUUUACAAAUCUUAUACGAUCAAAACUUUGUAUUAGCACUCAAAGAAGGGUUAAAGGCUUACUUGGCGCAUGGGAUCUACAAAUCACUGGAAAAUUACAUGUUACACGUCCAGAAAGAAGCAGGAUUAGGAAAGGAUGUGAUGGAAGAAUAUGGAUUGGAUGGACAUCUUAUUUCAGGCAUUGCGUUUGGUAUGGCAGGUUUCAACUUGGCAUUAUCGGCUGUACCAGAAUUCUUGUUACGUUUGGUGGAAUAUGUGGGAUUUCAAGGUGACCGUAGUCUCGCUAUGUGGUAUUGUACUUCUUUGGGUGGAUGGAAUGAUAACAAUCAUGAACAACAAGGUGAAAAUGAAGGAUUACGACGACAAUUCUGUGAUAUGAUUUUGAUGGGUUACAAUGUUGUUUUAUGUAAACUUACUCGUCUAUCGCAUGUGGACGAAGUACUUGGUGAUCGUAUACUGACCUAUCAUUUGAAAAAAUAUCCAAAUGGUGUGAUCUUUUUGGCGCUUAAAGGACGACAACUGGCUACUCAGCGGAAACUUGAACAAGCCAAGGUUUACUAUCAAAAGGCAAUGGACGCACAAGAUGUAUGGCCACAAUUACAAGAUAUACCUCGAUGGGAAUUGGGUACUUUGGCUCUAGUAGAACAAAAUUGGCGUGGUGCUUUAGAAGUAUUCCAAUAUCUUCUCAACAACAAUUCUUGGUCAAAGGCUGUUUAUACUUAUAUGCAUGCUGUGUCACUUUAUAUGUUCGCUUUGGAAACUCAUCCUUCUGGACCCAAGCGCAAAGCUAUUUUGGAUAAUGUCACUCUAUCUAUGAAAUCCGUUACAAAGGCAAAACAAAAGAUUGCUGGUAAAUCCAUUUUUAUUGAGAAAUUCUUUGCAAGAAAGUCGCGGAAAUAUGAUCUUCAAGGAAAUCGUUUACUCUUCCCGGAUUUGGAAAUCUUAUUAUCUAUUGGUGCAUUGGAACUAAUGCCUGUGAACUGGAUUCACAAGAAUCUGAUACGGAUCGACCAUACUUUGAAACGUUUGGAGACUAGUCGAUCAUUCUAUGUACAUGAUGAUAUCUGUUUAUCUCAUUUGUUACGUGCUACUUUAUAUCGAUUAUUAUUGGAACAAGAAGAAGAAUCAAUCACAACUUCAUCCAAACUUCUUGGUCAUGAUGAACUACGACAGCAGCAUCCAAACAAAGUGAUGCAUCGACAAUCUAUUCAAGUAGUAAUGGAUCAUGCACCCAAAGUACAACUGGAUCAUUGGAUAUAUUAUUUUGCUCGGUAUGAAAAAGCUCAACUCUUAAUAGUAGAUCGAUGUUAUGCAGAAGCGAAGCGAGAAUUGGAUUGUAUUUUGCGACACACAGAAAAGAAUGAUUUUAAUGUUGGAGCUGGCGCUCGUGCAAAAAGUAAAUAUUCUAUGGAAAACGCCUUGAUUUUGAAAUGUCAUAGCUGUCUUGGAUACAUAGCUGAAGUCGCGACAAAGGGAACCAAGAUAGAACAGCAACAACGAAAAUUGCGAUCUUACCGUCCUGUUCAUCAUCGUGCUGGCCCAACAGAUACUCUUGACGAUAACAGCUGUAUUACUUUUACUGGAUCAGAUACUCCUAUUUUGCCAUAUCUCUCACGAAAAAACUCUAUUUAA